UCGUAAAAAUUCAUGUAAACAACAUGAGUUAAAAUUAAAAUAAACAAAUUUAAAUUGUAAAAUAAUCGGAAUAUUUAAAACGUAAGACAACAGGUUCACAAAUAAAGAAUUGCGAUUUAGUAUAACAUAAAUCAUGGCAUCUACAAUAUAUAAGCGAUUAAUCGUUAACAGUGGAAUAUUUUUAAUUGGAGCCAGUCCGUUACUUUACUAUAGCAUAGCUCGAGAAAAAUCUGUUUUAAAUAUUUUAAAAGCAACCGCUAUCUCAACUUUGGGAAGCAUUUCUUGGUAUUAUUACACAAAGGAUACAAAAAAAUUGGAAGGAUCUUUUAAUCGUGUAGUAUUUAUUACGGGAUGCGAUUCUGGGUUAGGAUACUCGUUUGCUCAACAUACAACUGAGUUAGGUUUUACAGUUUUUGCUGGAUUUCUGGAUGUAAAUUCGGAAGGUUCAAAACAGUUGCAGAAAAUUUGUGGGAAUUUAUUAGUUCCGUUGCAGUUGGAUAUUUGUAACGAGGAACAUGUUCAAGCAGUUGAGGAACGUUUAACGAAAUUUUUUGAUGAAAAUCCCAACGCCGAAUUUCAUGCCUUAAUAAAUAAUGCCGGUGUAAUGGUAUUCGGAGAAUUUGAUUGGCAAACCAAGAAAUUAAUCAACGAUCAAAUCCAAAUAAAUCUGUUUGGUACCAUGCGUAUAACACAAAUUUGUUUACCAUUCCUUCGAAAACAUAAAGGUCGAAUUAUUAGUAUUGGUAGUCAUUGUGCAUCGGUAACGUUACCAGGUUUGGCCGUGUAUGGAGCGACUAAAGCAGCUUUACAUGCGUGGAGUGAUGGAUUACGCUUAGAAUUAGCGAAGUAUGGUGUUCGUGUUAUUAAAUUUGUUCCAGGUUCAUUCAUAACGCAAAGUAAAAUCAUGGAUCGUUUAAAAAAAGAUCGUAUGGAAAUCGAAAAUAAUUUAACAGAAGAAAAGCAAUUAUUUUAUAACAAUUAUAUUGAAAAUUAUUAUGAUUAUUUAACAAUGAUUCCAUCUUCGAAUAGAAUCGAAAAAAUUAAUGAUAAAAAACUAUAUGAAAAAUUCGAAGCAGCCUUAAAAGAUCAAAACCCAAAAACUAUUUACAAACAUGAACCAUUUAAUUAUCGAGUACAUCAUUUUUUAUUCAAAAUAUUACCAACAAAAUAUCGAGAUCUUUUGGUAUGCCGGUUUGUUCAAUUACCUGUUUGGAAACCAGUUGAAAACGAGAGAGAGCAAAGUUAA